AUGCACGGCUCCGCUUUCCUGCUGCUCAUGCAGGCCGCAACUCAUUGGGCCUUGCUCGGUGCUGCUGCUUCCGAGCUCCUUGGCCGUGGUCACGACAUUCCUCGGGGUCUGACCGGGGAGAAUGAGAAUCAGGUCUGCCGUGGGGACAGCAGGAGCGUCAAGGAGGUUGAGCAGGCGGGCGGCUUGUUCCCCCACGGCUACUCGGUCGAUGGCCAGCGGGCUCCCACAACCUACAGUUUCAAGUUGGAUGACCACUUGUCGGAUUACAAUGGCGAGGUAAAGUCGGCAUACGUGAGUUUUACGAAAAGCUUCGCCAAGGCCGUCGAAUUUGCGCAGCAGAGUGCGAUGCUGAGCGAAACCUUUGUCUACCCCGGCAUGGCCACCGUCUUCGUGGCCGCGACGGCGAACAACAUGGUCCCUCUGGACAAGCUCGUCAAAUUCGAGCGUCACUUCGAACAGGAGUACCUUGCCAUACGAGGCAUUCCGUGGGCUCAGAUAAAAGGGUGGUACCUGAUCGACCCGGCCAAGCCGAUAAACAAGGCGAAUCCCGUGAAGCUCGAGGACUACACCUUCCACCCGAACCCUGAUUUCCGGGCCGACGUCUUCGAAGCCCAGAGUGCCGUUGAUCCUUCCAAGCUCAGCGAGUCUCAACUGGCCGAGCUCUACCGUAUAUUUCAAAGAUCGAACAGCAACGACCUGAGCACUUCCGGCACCUUCUGCACCUGGUGCGAAGCCGAGGGCCGUGGCGCCGAGACGACGGCGGCAACGGGAAAAACGGAAGCAUCGAGCGAACAAGGCGAACAGGUCGCGCAGCAUCGGCAGUCAAACGACGUGAGCACCGACGAGAUGACAAAGGAUGAGAAGCCGGAUCCUCGGACCCGUCCCGGUGACGAGAAGAUGCCAAAGACGGGCUCCAAGGGCCGUGGCGCCGAGACGACGGAAGCAUCGAGCGAACGAGGCGAACAGGUCGCGCAGCAUCGGCAGUCAAACGACGGGAGCACCGACGAAAUGGCAAACGAUGAGAAGCCGGAUCCUCUGACCCGUCCUGGUGACGAGCAGAUGCCAAAGACGGGCUCCAACCGCCCAGUCGACGCCGGCGACGACGAGGGCGUGGGAAAAACGGAAGCAUCGAGCGAACAAGGCGACCAGGUCGCGCAGCAUCGGCAGUCGAGCGACGUGAGCACCGACGAAAUGACAAACGAUGAGAAGCCGGAUCCUCGGACCCGUCCCGGUGACGAGAAGAUGCCAAAGACGGGCUCCAAGCGCCCGGUCGACGCCGGCGACGACGAGGGCGUGGGCGGAAAGCGACAUUGCAGGCGCGAGCGGGCAUGCAACAUCCCGUACACCCAAGAUGAGAUCAAGGCUGCCGGCGAGGAGCUGACACCCAUCGCGGAGAAAGCCUCGGCGGACCAAUUCGAGAUGCUCGCCUCGCAGCACAACCUCAAGUCGUCGACCGAAUCAACCUUUAAGCAGUCGCUGCAAACCUUCCGCGAAGGCAAGCUCGGCUACCAGAAGGGUGCUGCCGCCGUGCCGCAUCUCGUCCAGGAGCCGUCGCGGUUUGGCGGAAAGGCGUUGGCAUCCGCCGGCAAGGCGCUCGGCGUGCUCGGCGCAGGGACGUAUGCGUAUGGCGUGCUGGAGGUCAUGGUGAAGAACGCGAGCGCCGUGGAUCGCGUCGCGGCACUGACGGCCAUCGUGCCUGUUGUUGGCUGCGGGGCCUCGGCACUGGCACACGCAGCCGAGGGCAAUGCUAGCAGUCCGGAAAUCCCCGAAUAUUUUGACAACGCCUUGUGUGUCAUCGGCGACAUCUUGCUAUUUACGCCCCUAGCACCCGUCGGGGUUGCCGUCCAAGUCUCCCGCUUCGUCUUGACCAUCACCAGGGCGCUGGACGCAUACAUGUCGGAGCCAGCCCAGGCAAAGGCCGCGCGCGAUGCCGCUUGGCGGACUUUCCUGCAGGAUCACAUGUACCGAAGGCUCUCCUCGAUUGAGUUGGGUGCGAAAAUUUUCCACGCUUUGGCGGUGGAAUCCUUGGCGUUGCUAUCUGAAGGGGCCCAUGUGCUAGGCAUCCUCGAGGCUGGCCAGCAGGGGGCUCUCAACCGUACCGAUAACUCUACCGAGCACGGCCUGCUCAGAGGCUUCUUCCGGAACACAACGGAGCACAUUCGAGCAAAUGUUUCGGACGAAAUAGCACAGGCCCAGCGGCAGGUCCUCCUCAACCUUGUGUACGAUGCCCUGGAUAGACACCGUGCCGCCUCACUACGCAUCCUGGCCGGCCGGUACAACAAAGCAUUUGUUCAGGACAGGCUGGCUGGUGCUAGCGAGCGGAUAAAGAGGUUCGUACGCAACGACAAGCCACCCAUGCCCAGCUCUCUUGUUGUCGCCUAUCUCAUCGGGCAGUCGACGGGGCAGGCCGCAAAGCUACCGCCACUGUUGCCAGCAUCGCCGUCCGAAGCCGACGAUGCAUUCGCGCCUCCUGGAGCCGCCGGGGAUGGUACCUCGGGAAAUUUGCACCACCUAACACUAAAUUUUGCUGAUUAUCUACGGAGAAAACAGAAUGGCUUGGCGAAGAAGGAUGCCGAUGUGAUUAGCAUCCAGCAAACCCAUGCGGUGAUGCAAUUCUUGCAAGGCAGCAUCAAGUUCGACGAUGUCGCCAAAGCCUCCCCAAGCCUAAGCCCAUCCAUUGCCUUGGAGUUCCAAAUACUAGUUUCCCUCAAGCUAGGGCGAUUAUUUCAGUACUGGAAACCGUCGGCCGAUGGAGCAUUUCAAUACUUUCCAGAAUCUGCACUAAAGAAGCCAGGCAUGAUUGAGUCUGCAUUGGAUACUGCAACCGGGUUUUUGUCGGAUCUGGGAAAGGCUUAUUGUGAGACUCCUGUGCUGAAAGACUUGACGUCGGCGUGCAACCUUGCCAGGUGA